CUGACAAGUAAAAUGCAACUAACUUCAUGUGAAUACAGAAAAGUUAUAUUUUCAGCUUUAUUUACUAAUUUGAUAUGCCGAAAAAAGAAAAGGAGGCGAUGAAGACUAAAAUUGACAAAAAUAAAAGCGGAGAUAGCGACACGGAGAGUCGUCCAGAGAAGCAGUCGUCGCUAGCGUCUGGGCCUCCGCCCCCUGCUCCCAUAGUGCCACGGUCCGCCGACGGGCCCCGGCCUCCAGGCUGGAACGGACAGCCGCGAAGACAUGGCUCCAGCCGGUUCAAUGUCCACCACCACAACCAGGAGCUGGUCAAACUACCGCCCAUCAAAGAUGCACCGGCAGCGGAGCGUGAGCAGUUGUUCGUGCAGAAGCUGCGCCAGUGCUGCCUACUGUUCGACUUCGCGGACGAGCCGCUGUCCGACCUCAAAUGGAAGGAGGUGAAGCGAGCCGCGCUGCUGGAGAUGGUCGAAUACGUCACCUCGCAGCGCGGCGUCAUCACAGAGGCGAUAUACCCGGAGGCUGUGAAUAUGCCGCUGUCCGACCUCAAAUGGAAGGAGGUGAAGCGAGCCGCGCUGCUGGAGAUGGUCGAAUACGUCACCUCGCAGCGCGGCGUCAUCACAGAGGCGAUAUACCCGGAGGCUGUGAAUAUGGUAAGUAAAUAUACAUAG